GGACAUCCUGGACAUGCUCUUUCUUCAGACAUCUCCACCCUUCCUAUCUUGAUAUAUAACUUCGACACACUGACAACUUAAUUUGUCAGAAUGCUCACGGCCACGCAGACUCUGGCGCCGGCAGUGCUCUCCCGGAGCCAUGGCGCCCCUUCUUCCUUCUCCAGCCAGCCGCGCCGCACCGCCGCCGCCGCCUCGAGAGUAAGCUGCACCCGCGUCGGCGCCUUGUCGGAGGUCGUCAAUGGCGAACUCGUCGUCGGCGACCAAGAACAGACGACCGACGACCUCCUUACGCGGCACAAGAAUGUCGUCGCCGACUACACGCUGAGCGCCACGGUGACGGUGAGCUUGAAGCAGGACGAUUCCACUCCCCAGAAGGUGGCGGACAUGGUUAAUCGAGACUGGCUUUUCCUUGAUUUCUUCAGCUCGCAUAUAGAGGGGAUGCACACGGAGCCUCAGCUCGCCAGGUACUCGCACAUGGAUGGCAAAGGCUCCUUCAUAUACGAGGCCAGCUUCAGCAUCCCGUCCUCGUUGGACGCCGUCGGCGCCGUGCAGGUCGUGAACCGCUACAGCAGCGAGGUGUACAUCUCGGACAUCGACGUCCACCUCUGCGGCGGCCGCCAUCAGUGGACCGACAUCACUUUCCACUGCAACUCUUGGAUCGACUACAACCCCAACGACCAGCGCUUCUUCUUCCCUCUCAAGUCGUACCUCCCGUCUCAGACGCCCAGGGGCGUGAAGAAUCUGCGCAAGGAAGAGCUCAGGGCCAUCCGCGGCGAUGGCCGCGGCGAGCGCAAGGAGUGGGAGCGCAUCUACGACUACGACGUCUACAACGACCUCGGCGACCCCGACAAUGACCCGGCCACUCGUCGGCCGGUGCUCGGCGGCCGCGGGCGCCCCUACCCGCGCCGCUGCCGCACGGGCCGCCGCCGCUGCAGGACAGACCCGUCGUCGGAGUCGCCGCCGGCCAAGGACGGCGCCGGGAUCUACGUGCCACGGGACGAGGCGUUCACGGAGCGGAAGGCCGGCGCGUUCGCCACCAAGAAGGCGCUGUCGGCGCUGUCGGCGUUCACCACGGCGCAGAGGGUGUCCGGCGACCGGCGGCGGGGCUUCCCGUCGCUGGCGGCCAUCGACGCGCUGUACGAGGACGGGUACAAGAACCGGCCGUCGUCGUCGCAGCAGGAGGCGGACAACCUCGAAGGCUACUUCAGGGAGGUGCUCCAGAAGCAGGUGAAGCUGCUGCUCAAGGGCGAGAAGGAGGAGUUCAAGGAGGAGCUACGCAAAGUGUUCAAAUUCCAAACGCCCGAGAUUCACGACAAGGACAAGCUUGCAUGGUUCAGAGACGAGGAGUUCGCGCGGCAAACGCUGGCAGGGAUGAACCCUCUCAGCAUCCAACUUGUCAGGGACACGGACUUCCCUAUAUUCAGCAAGCUGGACGAGGAAACCUACGGCCCAGGGGACUCCCUCAUCACCAAAGAGCUGAUUGAAGAGCAGAUUAAUGGGGUCAUGACAGCAGAGGAGAGAAUACACUGUACAGGCCGUGGAGAAGAAGAAGCUGUUCAUGCUGGACUACCACGACGUGCUCCUGCCGUUCGUGCACGCGGUGCGCGAGCUGGACGACACCACGCUGUACGCCUCGCGGACGCUCUUCUUCCUGACGGAGGACGGCACGCUGAGGCCGAUCGCCAUCGAGCUGACGAGGCCCAAGUCCCCCAACACGCCGCAGUGGCGCCAGGUCUUCACGCCGGGCUCCAGCGUCGCGGCGUCCUGGCUGUGGCAGCUCGCCAAAACGCACGUCCUCGCCCACGACACCGGCUACCACCAGCUCGUCAGCCACUGGCUGAGGACGCACUGCUGCGUGGAGCCGUACGUGAUCGCGGCGAACCGGCGGCUGAGCCAGAUGCACCCCAUCUACCGACUGCUGCACCCGCACUUCCGCUUCACCAUGGAGAUCAACGCCCAAGCGCGCGGGAUGCUCAUCAACGCCAAUGGAAUCAUCGAGAGCGCCUUCGCGCCGGGGAAGCUCUGCAUGGAGCUCAGCUCGGCGGUUUACGACAAGUUUUGGAGGUUCGACAUGGAGGCUCUGCCCGCCGAUCUCAUCCGGAGGGGCAUGGCGAUCGAAUGCGAGGAUGGCAAGCUGGAGCUGACGAUAGAGGACUACCCGUACGCCAACGACGGCCUGCUCAUCUGGGACUCCAUCAAGGAGUGGGUGUCGGAUUAUGUGAACCAUUACUACCAGUUGGCUUCAGACAUCCACAUGGACAAGGAGCUCCAGGGUUGGUGGAACGAGGUGCGAACCAAGGGCCACCCGGACAAGGAGGAAGGGUGGCCAGAGCUGAACUGCCACGGGAGCCUCGUCGAGGUUCUGACCACCAUCAUCUGGGUCGCGUCGGGGCACCAUGCGGCGGUGAACUUUGGCCAGUACCCCUACGCCGGCUACUUCCCCAAUCGCCCCACCAUCGCCCGGCGGAACAUGCCGACGGAGGGGCAGGCGUGCAGUCACGACGGCAUGCAGCCAACGUUCGUUGAGGAUCCCGUCAGGGUGCUACUAGACACGUUCCCAUCGCAGUACCAGACCACCCUCGUCCUGCCGGUGCUCAACCUGCUAUCGUCACACUCGCCCGGCGAGGAGUACAUGGGCACGCAUGCGGAGUCAGCGUGGAUGGCGGACAGGGAGGUCAGGGCGGCGUUCGGGAGGUUCAACGAGAGGAUGAUGAGCAUCGCGGAGAUGAUCGACUGCCGGAACAAGGAUCCGGAGCGAAAGAACCGGCAGGGCCCCGGCGUGGUGCCGUACGUGCUGCUCAAGCCGUCCUACGGUGACCCUAAGGACAUGACGUCCGUGAUGGAGAUGGGUAUCCCCAACAGCAUCUCAAUUUGAGUUGUGCCAAUGAGCUUGCAUCUGUUUGGCGUGCUCAUCGUGACAUUAUGUAUGAAAUAAAAUGGAUUAAAAAUCCGGCCUCGUCAAGGAAUGGCUAACACAGCGAGCCUGCAUCUGUUUGGAGUGCUCAUCGUGCGAUUAUGAAAUAAAAUGACCUGGCAUCUGUUUGCCACUGUUUUCUUGUAACUACUGCACUGUAGUAAGUACAGGACACCGUAUAUACAUAACGCCCUGCAUUAUUUCCUUGUCGGUAUAGAUGGCUAUCGAUCACAGUGUAGCGUGCUAGUACUACAGAAAGGUCAUUCCUAUUAUACAACCCCUAUGCUACGUAUGUAGCACAGAGGGGUUGCAUGAUGUUUACAAUAAAGUAGAGACAAGAUAUGAAGGUGUGGCAUCUUUUCAUUCA